CCGGAAGCCAGGGAGAAUAGAUAAGAUAUGCUUUCGGGGGACGAAACGGAGUCCAAGUUUCUUUUUUGCAGGCGAGCAGGGAAUCGUGUAUGGCGCUGACGAGCAUGGCGCUUGUGCUGAAAAGUACAAAGUCGGGAGUCCGAUCGUAUUAUUCAGUUACUCCUUUAAGUGGACUGAGAAAAGCUCAUUUUCAUCUGGCUCUUUUGUUCUCUCCGUUCCAAAGCUUACUUCUACUGUAGUGCUGCUUCCCUGUUCUACUGUCUGCUACUAGAUGAACAAGCUAGCUGCGAUCACGAGAUUUUUUUCCCCAUCAUGGAAGUUGGGUUUUACUCUGGUAUUUCUCCUUUUCGCAAUUUCAACUCUCAGAUAUUAUUGGAGUAUUGCGCUUCGGCCAAUCGAGUGGUUUUGAUCACUCAGGGAACGAUGCUAGCUACCUUUACACUCGACGCCGACGGGAAAGUUCGCGGGGAAACGAAGCUAAAGCUUUCUUGCGGUCCGAAGCCGCAAAGUCUGCGAGGCGUCUGCAUUGCCUCAGAAACGGGUGCUUUUCUUCUCGCGACAGUUUCUUUACGCUUUCCUCGCUAUAGAUACUAGUGCUUUCUUGUGAUUCUGAUUGCUUAUUUUGUCCUCAACAAUACAAGCGCAAGAACAAUGAACAAAAGACCACGUCAACGUCACUUAUUUCUAAAUACUGAUUGAAUCUUUGCGAUGAACAAGUGUGAAUCACGAGUUGAUGAAGCUUUCUAUGUCAUACAAACCGCCUUCAUUUUUCGAAGAGAGCAUCGUGAGGCUCUGGAACGUAUUGGAAGAGGAGAGUUAUCUUCUUUCUCUUUCUGAUGUUGAUGACAAGCUUCGCACAGACAAAGCAGUGGCCGUUGACUACAACUCGAGAAAGCGCAUACUUGCAGUGGGCACCAAACAAGGCCGAGUGCUGCAAUGGCGCUGCGGAACUGUUAUGCAGUAAAGACUCUCUGUCUUGUUUCUGAGAGUUCUUGUCUCUGAAAAAUAGUUUAUCUUCAACAGGAUGGAAUACUCUUCUGUUGUAGUAUAAUCUUGGAGUACUUAAUAUACAUAGACUUGUUUCGGCUCGUCCUAUCGUCCUGCAGGCGGCUACUCUGGGGAUGCACCCAUGAAGUCAAAUCUUCUUCGUAGGAACACUGAAGGACAUGAUGUUAUUACCUCAAAAAGAAUAUCACUUGCGUCACCAGCAUACUAUGCUGAGCAUAGAAAAACAGUGAAAGGCGUCCUCUAAAUCAACGGCGUUUGGAGAAUCCGACUGGCAUCACCUCGCAGUAAGGAAUUUCGACAGCACAAAUUAUGGAACAUCCUUGAUAGCGGCGAACCACUUGAAUAUUGUUGACACAAACUACAGUGGAAGAAAGUGGUGUAAGUGAUUGAUUGUAUACACUAUAGAUACACACCGACUUUUUCUUUUACCACAACAAUCAUAGGUCCAGCGGCGCUCAAAGCACUAAAAUAAAACAGCCGGUUAGUUUUUACCUCUAUAGGCUUAGCCCUUCCAACGAGAUACUAUCGAUGAAGCAAGGACAACCCACAAACAACCACCUUAGGGACCAGAAAUCUAAAGAUGCCCUCCAUCUCUAGUCUCCUACUGUCGCCUUCAUGGCAGCGCAUUAGCAAAAAGACUAGUGCUUUGGCUCUAAUGAUAUACUUUUUUGUUUGAGGAGAUGUAUAGAUCUUGGUCUUCUUCGGUUCCAAACGUUAUCGAUGAAGCAAUAACACCAAUCUUUGAUGAACGAAAUUUCUGGCUCUUCCUCUUCUAGAAGAGUGAGUCUUUCUAAGACUUUCCCGUAGACAAGAUAUGCUGGGGAUCUCGGAUAGGGGAGAGCCUCUUGGCCUGCGUUUUCGCCGACGGCAAGUGUGUGAUGCUAGCGGAGACCCAACUGUCUCACUCUCUUCGUUUAAGGACUCUUCUUUUCAUCAGAAGUAACUUUUUUUGAGGAUUUCGUUCGUGCUGAGUAAGAGUAAGCUUUCAUCGAACAACAGGACUUCUCUUGUAGGUCGUGGGUAAACAAGUUGUCGUCGCAAACAAGGUGCUACAACAACAUUUUGUACCCUAAUAAACACUGUCAUCAAUGUCAAGAAUCUCAAGUUCUUAAGGUCAUGAGAUUAAGACGAAGCGAGAAGGGCCUGCGCUUCCACCUUUAAUGUGUGCGCCGUUCCUCGGUGUGCAAGUGGCUCCGUCGCAAGUAAUACUGCAUAAUGUUGGCGCUUUGGUUAAGGCUACAUUUUACAAAGGCCACAUUGAAACAAAAGGGCCGUCUGACUUGAGCUCUUUUCUGUCUGAACAAGAUAUGUAGUAAGGAAUACUACAAGUAGUAGAGGAAGAGAGGCCAUCAAGCAGGACGAAGACAUAAUACACGGGAGGUCAACACAUCAAGGAGGCUAGCAACGGUAUUAUAUCAAGAUAGCAGCUUUAAUUUGAACGGGCCGAGUAGACGCAUGCAGCAACAGCCGGAUCAGAUACUUGACUGCCCAUUCAGGCUGCGUGGCGUCAGUGUCGGACCCCCAUACGUGGCUAUAUGGUAUGGAGACGGAGUAACUGAAAAAACUUCGUAGGUGAAAAAAUGCAACUUGAUCUUCAUCUGUUGAUCCUUCGCCGUGAUGAUCUUUCUCACUGCGUCCAUGCGAAAAGUGACACUCUACAACUCCCGCUUUAAUUUUGGAGUGCAAAGCAAGUUCGGAUAUACAUGAACAACGAACAGAGCGGCUUACAGGAACAUGCAAGUUUCGACCGUGCAUCAUCUUAUGGCAGCUAGCUUUGCAGCUUUGAUUCGGUCGACAAUUUAAGAAUAUGGCAUUCAGAAAGGGGGAAGGGACAGGAAAAUUCUUGGAAACUGCGUGUUUUUAAUAGAAAUGAUCUAUCAGCCCUCUCAGCAGAAACAAAUCACACAGCUCUAAGUAUUCACCAUACACAGUUGCUGUCUCUUCGUGACCAAGGACGAGAGCAGUUUGCUAGUUUGUCAUGGGUCCAAAAUCGAGGUUUGCAACCUUCAAGGGAACGUGAAGAAAACGCUGACUUUCAGUCCGGAGACGGAGGUGAGCGCUGAGCUACUUAUUGUUUUACAGAAUGUCUACGUUAAUGAAAAUGGUCUCAGGAACUGUUGCCUCUGGUGUUGCGUACACAUACUUGCAUUGAUUAAUACAGGAUGCGGACGACUCAUGUUGUAGAUUUAUUGCCAAUAGAUACGUACUAUAAGUUCUAAGUACUUCUGAGUGCGUGACUUCGUCCAUCUAACCCAGGGAAGCCCAUCAUUAGUGGACAUUGGCGGCACUACUCUGGUUGCCUGCACAAACAAGCAAUUGUUAAGGCUAUGGAAUCUCGCUCGGGCGACACCAAAGGCCCUUGGCAGCGGAAGGCGGUUUGAGGAUAAAAAUGGAACCCUUUUAGGCGAAGUAAGACAAAUGCGCGCCAACUCCGACGGUACAAGGGUAGCCCUUCUCGCAGAUCCCGUCAAGAGAACAGCGGGUAAGCUAGUAUUUGCUGUCGUAAGAGGCUAAGCUUUAUUGAUUGUAGACGUCGAGUAUGAUGACGCUAUUCUUGUUGCCUACUACAAUCGUCUGCUUAAUCACUUAAGUAUCUUUCUUGGUUUUCUCUCUUUUUCAGGUGUCAGCGUAGUAGGGAACCAUAGUCCAAAGACGCGGCCAGGACAAAGUCCUAAGCAUGCACUCCUCAACACAUUAGAAUGCGAACCUCGAGUUUGGGUCUACGACGUGGAGUUCGACAAUUGUAUGAGAAGUUAGCAAUUUUGUCUUACUAGACACUAUUGAACUCCGAAGGCCAUCAUUAUCAAGGUUAAGGUUAAGGUUGAGGGUCCACCGCUUCGCGGCCAAGCCGCACCUACUAGGAGAACGUGGGUGCGAAGGCCAUCAUUAUCAUCAUAAUAAUAAUAAUAAUAAUACUAUAAUUAUCUAUAUUAUAAACCAAAACUUAUUUUGAAUGCUAAACAGGAGUGAACUUACGGCUUGAGAUGUACGCAAAUCAUGGCAAAGAUGUACGGGUGAGAUGUAUACGUCUGAGAUAUAUAUCUCGAUAUAUAUAUCUUAUACGUAAAUCACGGGAAAGACGUACUCUUGAGAUGUACUUACACCGGGGCGAUUCAUAGUAGGUUUCCAAAAUUCCACUUUUUUGAGAUGUACGGAAAUCAUGGGAAAGAUGUACGGGCUAGAUGUAUACAUCUCGCGCCGUAAAAAUGCCGCGUUUUUGAGUACAACUUUCCCGCGAUUCUGCUCCUGCUAAGGCUUUCGGCAGUACCUCAAAACCCUGAACCAACAGCACAAGCCAAGGACUGCGCUGCAUGGACAAAAAACGAAGAGCGAAGCGCCUCAGCCUGGGGCCAGUCAUCUCAUGAAGAAAAUCCGCUGCGUCUGCGUAUGUGCUACAAAAAGGACCCACAUGCAAACAAAGAAACGCAAACAGAGGCAAGCACCCAGCAGCUACACGCUGAGCAAGUUAGCACCUGCGCGCUUUUUGGAUCAGGCGCCUGAGCUGGCUCAAAGGGUCAGACCUUUCAAGCAGGUCAAAAGUAGACAGCGACUUCAUAAAGCUGCGCGCUUUGGGUAAGGAUUUCGAGCUGACUCAAAGGAUGGGGCCGCUCAAGCACGUCAAAAGUAGGCAGCAACUUCAUAAAGCUGCGCCUUUUGGAUAAGAAGUCUGAGCUGGCUCAAACUAAAAGGCUGGGACCUUUUAAGCACCUCGAAAGUGGACAGCAAUCCCAUAAGUUUGCGCUUUAGGAUAAGGAGUCUGAGCGGGCUCAAAGGGUGGGACCUUUCAAGCAGAUCAAAAGUAGACAGCAAUCUCAUAAAGUUGCGCUUUUUGGAUAAGAGGUCUGAGCUGGCUCAAAGGGUGAGACCUUUCAAGCAGGUCAAAAGUAGACAGCAAUCUCAUAGAGUUGUGCUUUUUGGAUAAGGAGUCUGAGCGACGUCAAAGGGUGAGACCUUUCAAGCAGCUCAAAAGCAGACAGCAACGGUAUAGAGUUGCGCUCCUUGGGCAACAGGUCUGAGCUAAGUCAAAGGGCGACACCUUUCAAGCAGCUCAAAAGGAGGCAGCAACUUCAUGGCGUUGCGCUCUUUGGAUAAGGGGCGGGAGCUGGGUCAAAGGGUGGGACCUUUCAAGCAGGUCAAAAAUAGACAGGAAACGCAUAAAGCCACGCGCUUUGCAUAAGAGGCUGGAGCAGAGUGAAAAGGUGGGACCCUUCAAGCAGGCCAAAAGUAGACGACAGCAAUCGCAUAAAGCUGCGCGCUUCGGAUAGGAUGCCUGAGUGGCCUGAGCUGGGUCAAAAGGUGGGACCUUUCAAGCAGGUCAAAAGUGGGCAGCAAUUUCCUAGAGUUGCGCUCUUUGAGUAAGGCGCCUGACUUGACUGAGUGAAAGCGCGGGACCUUACGAGCAGGCCAAAAGUAGGCAGCAGCUUCAUGAAGUAGAUUGCGCUUUUUGAGCAAGGAGCUUGAGCAAAGAAAGGCAAAAGGCGGGACCUCUCAAGCAAGCCAAGCCAAAAGCAGACAGCAGCCCCAUGGCGUUGCGCUUUUUGGAUAGGAUGCCCGAGCUUGGUCAAAAGGUGGGACCUUUCAAGCAGGUCAAAAGUGGGCAGCAAUUCCAUAAAGCUGCGCGCUUUGAAUAACCAAGCUGGCCAGAUCUGGGCCAAAGAGCGAGACCUUUCCAGCAGGUCAAAAGUGGGCAGCAAUUUCAUAGAGUUGCGCCCUUUGAUUGUGGAAGACCUCUGAGUGAGCUGACUGAAAGGCUGGGACCUUUCAAGCAGGUCAAAAGUAGAGAGCAAUAUCAUACAGCUGCGCUUUUUGGGUGGGAGGUUUGAGCAGAGUCAAAAGCCGAGACCUUUCAAGCAGGUCACUCAAAAGUAGGCAGCAACUUCAUAAAGCUGCGCCUUUUGGGUAGGGUGCCUGCGCUGGGUCAGAGGGUGAGACCUUCCCAGCAAGUCAAAAGGGCCAGCAGCUUCACAGCGUUGCGCCGUUUGGGUGAGGGUCUUGAACUGAGCCAAAGGGUGGGACCUCUUAAGCAGCUCACAAGUACGCAGCAACUUCAUCGCGCUGCGCUUUUUGGAUCAGAAAAGAAUGGGCGCAAAGGACAAGGCCUCUCGAGUAAGCCAUAAGUAACCAGCAAGCCCAUAGGCUUGGGCUUGCUUUCUGAUCAGAAAGCUCAAGCGGCUCACAGGUAAGACUGCAUCGCCCAAGCACAUGAAAGCCGCACAGCACUGCUCGCGUGGCGUUGUUCUUGUUCACUUAGAUCAAAGCCUUGAGAUGACGCAUGCCCACACCUCUCGAGAAAGCCAGAAGCAGAUAGGGAAGCUAAGCGAUAGAGCGCAACUCGCCGUAAGCUUGGGAGGGUAAAUGGCUCACAGAGAGCACACGCGAAGCAGCUGAAACGUAGGCAGCAACGCGACACCAUAAAGCUGCGUGAUUUGGAUGGAAAACCCAAAACGGCGCAAAGAGUAAAACCCCGCAAACAGGCCGAGAGUAGAACGGGGCCGCCCCCUAGUUCUCUCCACGGAAAAGAUCCACGGUAGACGUUCUCAUGGUGAGCGGAGUCGGGCGUAGUGCUUCGCCCACUAUGCGGAGAACCGAAAGCGACAAGCCUGGGGCCCCCCUCGUGACACUGCCAUGCCAGCCGGAGACGCAACACACUCCAAGAGUAGGGGACCCACGCCCAAAACCCGGGCCAGGGGGCGCGCGAGGUUCUCACGGUGAGCGGAGUCGACUGCAGUGCUUCGCCCAGCCACUACGCUGAGAACCGAAAACAGCAGGCCUGGAGUGAUCUGCUCAAGGAUUUGACUCUCGGCGUAUGUAUUUGGUUACCCGUUUGCCUCAUUCGUUCGAAGUAGUUCCUUUUGGGCGUUUCGGGUGCUGCCAGGGUGGGGGUUUAUGUAGCACGUAGUAGCUUGUAGCGCGGAGCUGCUUUGCUUAUUCCAUAGCCCGCCACUCUUUACGUAAUUCGUAGCACGCCGGUGGGCCGUAUGGAUUUUAUGUAACUCGUAGCAUUUGCCAGACCCUUCCGCCCUGCCCCGGCGUGUGUACACGCCGGGGGCACGUGGGCGGUAUAAUAUAUGAUAAUGAUAAUAAUCAUCCUAAUAUUAAUAUUAAUAUUAAUAAUAAUAAUCAUCAUCGUCAUGAUAGUCCUCAUUAGAAACCAAGAAGCCACGAAGUACGUGGAAGAAGAAAAGCUGCAAUAGGGCCGUCCUCUCUCCAUCAUCUAAGAAGAUUACCGCUUUAGAGAUAAAGACGCCAGGACGACUUCCAGUAUCUCUCAGCUGGGACCCCGCAGAUCCUAGGCUGUUAGCUGUCGAGGCCGUUCCUUCGUCAACGGGAACAGAACCUGUAUCACCAAGUUCUCGCAUGAACACAUCGCUGGACCCUGAUUCUUUAUGAACUAGAACUUCGUUCAGUUGUACAUGGUAGUCAACCUAGUAGCAAGCUUUCGAGAUCUAUACUCGAGUGAGAGCAUGGUCGAUGAAUAAUAGCGAGCGACAACAGGGUCAUCAUGUUCAUGGCAGCAGAAAGUAAUGGAACUGGGAUCAGCACAGCACAGUGGAAUUUUCAGAACUAAUUUCUUUUCACGAGGACAUCAUCUUGUACAUGGCCAUCCCCCGUCUUCUUCUACCUUUUCAUAUACCGGCGACGAGCACAAGCAUACGGGAGAAGUUCUCCUUGUUUUUGCAAGUGAGAACACUGUCCUCCAGCAGGAUUCCAUACCGAACCCAAAGGACGAGAAUAGCAGCUUACCGCUGAUUCCGGUUUCAAUCGUCGUGCCCUACGUCUACUUUCUCUUAUGAAAUUUUUCUCAAGUAGGCUUAGGUUUUUUCGCUUGUUGUUGUUGUUGUUGUUAUCUUAUCACAAUCAACGAUGCUGUCGCGGACGCUGAUCAUCAUCGUCAUCAUUAUCAUCCUCAAACUGAAGCACUCGGUAAAUAGAUCAGUAGAAACUACAGUCUACGAGUAUACCGUCUACGCCUUUUCAUUCGUUCGACCAGUAGAUAGCAGUGUGAAGCUGACGAGGAGUGCGACGGUGCUUUCAAAGCAGGUUUUGCGGGAUUUCGAUUAAGGCUAUUGAUCUCUUGCCAUUGUUUGUGUUUACAGUCGUAUAAAUUAAAACUAUAUCAUUCUCAUGCUUUGAAAGUCGUAUCUAAACGUAAAUACGAUCUAGGGGGCGGGCACUUCAAGCUCUCUAAAUCCAGGGCUUGGAGGAAGUGAAUGCAGGAACGAAAAAGGCGCUAUUGUUAAGGCAGCCACAAACUCAUCUGCUUCUAGAACAACAUUUUGCGGGCUCCGUUUUCAAAGGGAAAACGGGGAGCGAGAUGCGUCUGGGGAGAGAUUUCUGGUAGGUCUAACGUUGGACUUUAGUUACUACAUAGCCUGCGGGAACCCAGAUGAAGCCUACAAAGCCGUCUCAAAGAACAUUACCAGCAAAGCAGUGUGGGAAUCAUUGGCAAAAAUGUGUGUCAAUUAUGGUGGUAUUCUAUGAUCAUGGAUCAAAAUCGUGAGGACUAGUUGUACCUGGCUCCAAGGAAGUCUUUCUGCACUCGAUUUUCAAAUGACCCGCAAGCACCUUAUCUUGCUUCUUUUUUCUAGGUAGGUGCCACGGCCUCAUGAUUUGAAGAAAGUCGCUCUGAUUUCAGAUGACACUGCGUAUACUAUAGACUCAAAGUAGGUGUACUUAACAUAGAAUUCCCAUCUAAGCAGUAACCAGACGCCUGGAUGUUGUGCAGAAGUGUGUGGGGCAGCUCGGUAACGUACGCGCUGCAACCGCUUUGCGACCUCUGUCCGACAUGAAACUGACAUCCCUGUCUGCGAGGCAUGAGGCCGACGCAACAGUGAAGCUAGCAACGGUCGCUGCACACUUGGGUACAUUGUUUUACAAGAUGAUCAAGAAAGGCAAGGGCCUUAUGUUUAAGAAGGGCCUUAAUGAAUUCAGGCUUCCACAGUCCUUGGAUAAAGUUGCUAUUUUAUUUCAUUCGAUCUCGCGUAAGCGUAUCUAAGAUUGAAAUCGUGUACUAAGUACUGACGCAGAGCAAAGGCUGUUUGCAUUCUAUUCAGGUAUGUCAGAAGACGCGGAAGAGCUAUACAUCAAGGCUGGUCGUCACGAUCUCUUAAACAGGCUCUACCAGGCGUUGAAUGAGUGGGACAAGGCCCUCGAUGUCGCAAAAACAAAAGACCGCAUCCAUCUGAAAACCACGUACUACUUAUGGAAAAACGGAAGUUUCUUUUUUAGCUCUACACACAGUGAGUGAGUACGAGUAGUUUGUUGUGCAGUGAUCAUUGUUUGUCUAGUUUAGAUCGUAGCGCAGAAGCUUCCUCGUAUAAACUUCUAGAUGGAGGUCGCUCAAACAUACCAUUUCCAACUGCAGGGAUAAGAGCUGGCGUGGAUAGUUCGUCUCGACCUUUCAGUAUUUGUGCUUGAUGAAUAUCUAUGUAUAAUCAGAUUGAUGCCUUUGAAUGAUGUUAAUCUCUUCAUGGAAAAACUACGCGAGUUACCUAGAGGCCUUCGACAAGCGCGAAGCACGGAAAUUCUACAAAUUAGCAGGCACGGAGAUUCCAGAUUGCACCCGAUUGCUGCUUUCGGAGGGAGGGGACAAAGAUGACGCAAUGCUGGUCGAAUACGUUAACGGCAAAACACAACAAGUUACGGGAAACACCGUAUUAGCAUGAUCUUGAAUUGUAGUUGUAAAAGAGCAGCUACUUCCUCUGAACGGGGCGUUCAUCGUCUACGAGUAGAUAUGACAUUUAUUGCAGUACUAGUCGCUCUUCUAAGCAAGGAAAUGAGAAACUGCAGAGAUGGUAUGCAGCAUACUUGGAGAGCAAGCAGGAUCUUCCAGGAGCAAUUAAGUGCUACACGAAAAGCCAGGACUGGCAUUCCCUUGUGCGACUCCACUGUUUCGAAAAUGACAUCGAGACGGCGAAAAAAGUGUGCGAAGACACGCGCGAUAAAGCAGGAUGCUACUAUCUUGCUGGCGUUCUGGAUUAUGGCUCCUUUGCUGACUUUUCGUUUUCAUAGGAAAAUUAUCUACAACACAUUGACGGAGACGGACUACAAAAGAAACAACAGUUUGUCAAAUCAAAUACGGGUUUCAUCGAGUUCUACAUACUUGAUAUGUAUGUGCUGGAGGUUCAAAUCUAAUUUCAACAAAGGGCCAGCGCGCAAACUAUGCCUGAUGACGUGUAUCAAGGAAGAUCUGGUGGCCCUUUUGGUGGUAUGGGCGGAGGACCGGAUGCUGCAAUGAUUAUGUCUACCGGAUUUCAUCUACGUAGAUAGACACGGCUGCAUUUUGUUGAUGUAACUUGCUACUACGAGUCCAGUAAGUGACUUCGCGGGUUAUACUGAUUCCGAGCGUGCCUCUUGUUCCAUACGACUUCCCUGAAGAGAUACGGGAUAGUAGCUUAAUUAUCUUGUAUGAUGUAGCAUAUUCUUGCCUACCCAGCAAGAAAAAGUAUAUAGAACCUUCCAGGAAGAAAAACACAACCUUCCAAGAACGUCCUCUUUUGUCAGAACAAGGUAGGAGAAGCCGCGAACAAGGACGUUUUAGGUAGACUGCAUGGAGGUGGUUCUAAGUACCUAUUUGAGACUGUGGCACGUAUUAGAGUCUAAUCGCGUCAAGGAGGCCAUCCGGUUCUACAGCAUCGCUGGCUGUGCCAAACACGCUAUUCGUCUUGCCGAUCAACUAGCUGGCGCGGAAGGAGAUCUGAUGACCCUGGCGCUAGGGAGUGGACGAUCCGAAGAUCUUAUUUACGCAGCGAAGCACUACGAAAAACAAGGCACUUUAUGGAAACGACCUGUAGUAAAUAAUAACACAAGCAAUCUAGUAAAAUGUGUACGCAGGAGAGGACAUCGCUAGUGGCAAUACUAGUAGAGAAGAUGCUGCUCUGCUGAGCCUUCGCUAAGAACAAAGGUUUUCUUUGAUUUCUACCGGAGAAUUUAAGUUACUUACAUACAAUUUGUCGCACUCGCCUUUCAUGUUUUCCAGCAGCAGCUGCGAAAGCCGUUACGCUAUACCAGAAGGCCGGGCAAGCAGGGCGCGCGAUGGAAUUGUGCUUCUCAGCGCGGCUGUUUGAGCCACUGCGCAAGAUUGUUGAGGAGAUCGUAAAAAAGGCAGAGUCUGCGCCAGAUCAAAGUGGGAAAGGACAAGGUAUUUACUAAACACGUCAAUGUAUGAAGGCAGAGACCCAAUAGCUAGGAAGUAAGAAGUUCGAAAAUACAAGGAUCGUAAGACGAAGAUUUAGUAGUGAAAUCGAUUCGAGUUCUCAUACACCCACAACUAACCCCAGAUGCGAGCGACGUCCCCACUGCGGAUCCCGAGUUACUUGCUAGGUGUGCGGAAUUCUUUCGCGAAAACGAGCAGCAUGACAAAGCGGUCCAGUUACUUUGUCUCAGCGGACAGGUGGGUGAAGCCAUUGAUGUGUGCUAUCAGCACGGUGUCCAUAUCACAGAGGAACUUGCGGAAAAGCUAACACCGGAGAAAACAACCGACGAUAAAGAGGAAUGGCGGAAGACGCAAUUGCGGAAGAUCGCGAAACUCUGCAAAGUUACGGAUUUACAGCUUUGAAGAUUCUUUAUCUUGUCUAUCCGACUACUUAUCUCAUGUUUUUAUUCAUAUCAGAAUCGCGGAGGCUUUGGCUCUGCGGAGCAUCGGUGAGCACAGCUCCGCCAGGGCUGGAGGUCUUCUAUGAUUGAGUUGGGGGUGGCGCCUUAUCUCAUGAGAAGCCGGGAGUUAUAGGCUGCAGGGGGUGCUCGCGGCCUAUAGCCCUCGCCCUCUCUAUCACGUUGUGUGGUAUGCUCAUCGGUCUGUUCGGUUUUGUUGGUUUCACUUUCAUUCUCAUUACCUCCGAUCAGAUCUACCCUACCUCUGGCUCUUUCGUCCACCCUCCACCACCUUCACAUUAACUAAAUAAUUAGAAAAUUACCCAAAUAUAAGAGAGAGUAAUUACGGAUAGAUAGUGACCAGAUCUCUUCUGGUCCGCCUUCUUUUUCUUCCCAAAAACCUCUUAGGAUGAGAAAAAAGAAAGGAAGUCUUUGAACUUCUAUUCAAGAAAUAAAUUAGUAACUAACUAAUGAAAGUGCCUACAAUCUAAACAAUUCAUCACCCUCAUAUCAGAGUCGGAUACGGUCGGCUAGCUACCUAUUAGUGGUAGUCCUAGUUCAAAAAUGAAAGAUGAAAGUACUAACUACUAGGAUCGCAGAUGAUCUUCAAGCAGGUUCAUUGUUGUGCCUCUUUCUUCUGACGCUCCCUCCUUCUAAGCAACACCAAGGCAGUUUCCAGAUCGCAUGCAAGAAGUACACGCAGGGAGGCGAAAAAGUCAAGGCGAUGAAGGCAUUGUUGAAGAGUGGCGAUACAGAAAGAAUCACGUUCUUCGCUGGAACCGCCAGAACACCGGAGAUUUACGUGCUCGCCGCCAACUAUCUCCAAAGCCUGGAUUGGCACUCAAGGCCAGAAAUCACGAAGCAAAUUCUCUCAUUCUACAGCAAGGCGAAGGACUAUCGGAAAAUGAGUAAUUCACUAGUACCUCCGUCUCUAUCGACUAGCGAAUUUCAGGCAGAAUUACAAUUUUGAAGUAGCUGAUACAAGUUGAGCAAGGUGUACAAUCUUCACUGACCACUUGAAAUUGUGCCAACUCAUCACGAGGUAAUUUCUACACCGCCAUUGCGAUGGUCGAAAUUGACGAAUACCGAGACUACGAGAAGGCGGCGAGUUGCUUAAAAGACGCUCUGAAGGUUCUGCACAAGGCCAAUUUGGAGCUCUCGGAGGAGUAUCAGACGACGGAAAAAAAACUGAAGUUCGUAGAGCAAUUUUCAGCACUGAAGACACUAAAACCCGAUCAAGUAGUCCAAGCCUGCGAGACCUUCCUAGAAGUCCCGCAAAUCGAAAACUACCUUCGAAUCGGAGACGUCUUUGCAGCGUGCAUUGAAGCGUAUUUUUGUGAACUCUAAUAUUCAUUGGUAGUUGUCGAGGUUGUACUAGAAGUACGUCUUAUUUCUCUGUAUCUGUAUCUAUAAGCAAUAGAUGCAUUGCGUGUUCUUCUUUUUCAGGUUUGACUCGAAGUAUGACAUCACUAUAAUAAACCAAUGAAUGAUAUUUAGUAGAAAAAUAGACUUGUCGACGUUCGCCUUUUUUUAGGUAUGUUGCGCAAGGGUUGUAUCAAGACGCGGCGACGAAGGUCGAGGAGAUGAAGCUCGCCAAAAUUCAACUAGGCCCAUAUGUAGACUCUGACGUCCUAGCGAAAAUCCAGAACGAAGUGGGGACGCUGGUGGAGGAGCCAGUAUAUGAAAAUUACGUACUUACUUUUCUAAGUCUUCUUCACUUUUGCUUUUGUAUCUGUAGCUUAUCAUAAGUGUUACUUCUUAGCGCUAAUCAAUUUAUUGCGGUCAGGAUAGGGACUGGCGUGGUGGUCAGUACGAUGAUCUUCAAUCUAAUCUUAUGGCUUACAGAUUUUUCUUUUGUGAUUGUUGAAAACUGAUGACAUUUCUAGCAUGGAGACCACUCGAGGAUUAUAUCCACACUAAUGGUCGUAACCAUAGGAACUUUUCCUUCGAAGUUGCUGUCAACAAAUUACUAGUCUUUUGGAACAAGGAACAUAAACAUAUGAAAUAUCGGAACAGGUUGAUUUGACCAAAAAUAUCAGGCCGCGAAUUGGAAACCGAGUGAGGACGAAGUGGACGAAGAAAUUGAUGAGGAGAUCUCAGACAAGGAGUAGAAAGACGUAGAGACGACACUUUUCUACGCACACGCUACUUCUCACCUUGUCUAGCUCGUCGAGACGCCUUUGUACCCUUGACGAAGCGGCCCUUCCUUGAUAACUUCGUCGCCGUAUCAGAGGCGGUGAGGAUUUGCGGAAGACAAAAGCCUUGCUACUGAUGCGCAUGAGCAGUUACAAGUAGGAAACACGCGCGACAGCAUGUUUCCUUGAAUAGUUCAUCUUGUUUCUUUCAGUAUUCCCAGUUUUAGUACUUGUUUUCGUCAAGGUUCCGAGUCAUUUUUGAGUUCAGCGUUGAGAACUGGUGACGCACGUGGAUUGCGCUUUGUGACGCCACCGUGGGUUUGCUUUUAUCAUUAAUAUCCCCGGACUAGAAGGUGUUUUUUUAAUGCUGCGUUGGUUCCUUACCGCCACACACACCCAGACCAGUCCGUAGGAUGACCCAGCGAUCGGAGGCCGUGUUCAUUUUCUCAAUUUGGUCAGCUCAGAUCCUGACCGAAAGUGCGAUGAAUAC